AUGCCACACACCUCACGCGCACGCACACAAAGAAACCAACCCUCUCAAAAACGCCUCCAAAUAACCAGCGACGAUGGCUGGACCCACGUCACUACGGGAAACAAUGCGCGCCGCGUAAACCGCAAUACAAGGAGCAAGACACAAGAGACACUUGUUGACCUUGAUCCUGUGCUUCAACCCGCUGAGGCUCCUGCUCGACUUACAUUGGAUGAUCUGCGGAUCCAGUAUUCUCUACAUCGGAGUCAAUGGGUUGAGUCGGAGACUUGGAGGGGUAUUGAGGGGGUUCUUGCGGAGCAGAUCUCUAGACGGGUGAUGCAGACGCAGGAUACGGGUCGAGUAGAUGGGAUUGUAUGUAUUGGGUUGGGAAGUUUGAGUGGAUUCUUACGGGAUGGAUGGGUUGAUCGGAGGGAUGUGUCGAUGUAUCAACUUGCGGCACUGGAGAGUAUUCGGGAAUUGGUGGUUGAAAAUACAAGUCUGAACUCUUCAGUUUCUGUUCCGGUUUAUCUUCAAGAUCCGGUCUUCAACAAACUGGACUGUGCGCUCCUGGAAUCAUUGGGAAUGACUAUCGUCAAUCACCCUGAGGCAUUUGAGCGUGUCACGCGCAACACACUACUCUUCUGUCCUGGUGCUGAGCGGAAACAUCUUGAACAGAUCCUCCCUUCUAACCCUGGACUCUUAUUUGGAGGGCCGUUGGAAAAUACGGAGUCGGAUGUUAUCCAGGCUUUUAUUGAGAGGACCGGUUCGAGGAUUCUGGCUCCCUUCAAGACGAAUGAGCAUGCGUUUUGGAUGACAAGGUUCUAUUGGACAGAGGAGAAUUCGCAACAAUAG